AUGGAGUUAGUCUGGCUGUGGAUACCUGUUUUGGGCUCUCUGAUGUUAGCGGAAAUCUUGUGGACUCUGCCCAUCGAUCAGGAUCAGUGGCCAAGCUCUAAGGACGUGGAGCUGGCUGAGGGCUACCUCAGGAGGUUUUACAAUCUGAACCCCAGAGGCAGAGUGUCAGGAAGAAGGAUCAGGUCCACGUCAACCUUGGAGGAGAGCAUCAGAGAGAUGCAGAACUUCUUUGGUCUGAGAGAGACUGGCCGUCUGGACCCUAAUACCCUGGAUGUGAUGAGGGAGCCCAGAUGUGGUGUUCCGGAUGUAGAAAACUUCAGCUUUUACCCCGAGAAGCCUAAAUGGAAGAACCACACCAUCACAUACAUGAUUGCCAAAUACACUCCAGACAUGAAGAGAGAGGACGUGGACAAGUCGUUUGGUUCAGCCCUGAAGAUGUGGAGUGAUGCAGCACCACUGAGGUUCAUCAAAGUCAACCAUGGCAAAGCUGAUAUAGUCUUCUCUUUCGCCCGCAGAACUCAUGGAGAUUUCUUUCCCUUUGAUGGCCCCCGGGGUGUGCUGGCUCACGCCUUUCAGCCAGGAGAGGGUAUAGGAGGAGACAUACACUUUGAUGAGGAUGAAAAAUGGACAGCGGGGAGGCCAGGUUACAGUCUGUUCGCUGUCGCAGCUCAUGAGCUUGGCCACUCACUCGGUUUGGCCCACUCAAGAGACCCCGCUGCUAUCAUGUACCCCAACUACAGGUAUCACAGCAGUACACAGUACUCUCUAUCCAAAGAUGAUGUGCUUGGGAUCCAGACACUGUACGGAAAACCUACAAGAACUGUGGAACCACAACCAGUCCCCAAAAAGUGUGACCCCAACUUUUCUUUAGAUGCAGCAGUUAUGAUUGAAAAUGAGAUUGUUUUCUUUAAAAGCAGGUACAUGUGGAUGAGAACAACACGGACAACUUAUUGGAAUAGCCUGAGAGAGAGCCAUAGCAGCACAUAUUUACCGAGCAUCAGUUCUCAUGUUGAUGCCGCUUAUGACAUCCCUGCCAAAGGCGUGGCGUACAUAUUCAAUGGUCAUAAGUACUGGGUGGUUCAACAGCUUAAGAUGAAAAGUCAUGCUGGCUCCAUCUAUGAGUACGGCUUCUCCUCCAGAGUCCGGCAGGUUGACGCUGCCGUGCAUGUCAGUGAAUAUGGGAAAACAGUCUUCUUCAUAGGAGAGGUUUAUUACAGGUAUGAUGAACGCAGAAGAAGGAUGGACCCCGGCUUCCCCAGACUCAUCCAAACAGACUGGCCUGGAAUCCCGAGAAGGGUUGAUGCUGCCUUUAAGUUACAUGGUAGCAUCUUCCUCUUCAGUGGAGCAAAAUCCUACCAGUAUGACUUCAAACGAAACAAGGUGGUGAAUAUAAUUGCAGCAAAUUCCUGGCUCGGAUGCUAUAUCUUACAUGCAAAGAGAUCACUCAUCACAUCAUGUACCACAGAGCCCGCCAGAAAGCUUGCCUGUGACAAGAUGGCCGCCGGUGAUGACGUUAGAGACUCCGCCAGGGGCCACUAUUUACUCCCCUCCUCCCUUGACUAUACAUAUACUGGAAUGCACAAGAGGACACUGCGUACUCUGAUUCAGCUUUUUUGGCCUCAGGCCGUCAAGGCUGUCUUUAUAAGAGGAGAGUGGAUGGAACAAAGGAAACAAUUUAACAAGAUGCCUCUCACUGGUCUUUGGAUAGUGCUGCUGCUGGGUUGUAUAGCCCUGUGUCGCACAGCACCUACCAUUGCUCCAACAAUUUCACCAGAGGAAGAAGACCUGGCUGAGGGAUACCUUACUCAGUUCUACUCUGACGUUGGGGUGAAAAACUCCUCAACACGAACCAUCAAGGAGAACACCUUCAGCCAGGAUCUACAGGCCAUGCAGGCUUUCUUUGGCCUGGAGGUGACUGGUGUCUUGAAUAAUGAGACUGCUGAGGUGAUGAAGGCACCUCGGUGUGGUGUGUCAGACAUCAGCCGAUAUGGACACUUCGCUGGGAGACCCAGAUGGCAGAAAAGGCUAAUCACAUACCGGAUCACUCAGUAUACUCCAGAUCUGACCCGGAGUCAGGUGGAUGCAACCAUUGCUCAGGCCUUCCAGCUCUACAGCGACGUCAUCCCACUGGACUUUAAACAGGUCUACAGCGGUACUGCGGACAUCAUGAUCCUCUUCAAGGGCGGCUAUCACGGGGACUUUUACCCUUUUGAUGGGGCGGGUGGAGUUUUGGCACAUGCUAACUCUCCUGGACGGAAUCAGGGAGGAGACACACACUUUGAUGAUGAUGAAACCUGGACUCUUACCCAAAGAGGUGUGAAUCUGCUGCUGGUGGCGGCCCAUGAGUUUGGCCACGCUCUGGGCCUGGAUCACUCCAGGGACAGACGAGCACUCAUGUUCCCCACUUAUAAAUACGUUAACACAAAUGGAUACAGGCUGCCAGAUGAUGACAGGCGUGGGGUUCAAGCCCUCUAUGGUAGCCGUACACCAGUGCCAACAACAGCACCAAAACCUAAACCACCUCCUGGACCAGAGCCCGGACCAGAGCCAGAGGACCCAACAGAGGAUCCAAACCCAGACCCUCUGCCCAACCCCAGAGAUGAGCAGUGCAGCCGCGAGCUGGUGUUUGACGCUGCAACCUCCAUCUGGGGAGACCUGUUCUUCUUCAAAAAUGGCUACUAUUGGAGGAAGAGCACAACAUUCCAAGGUAUCCGUCUAAUUAGAGUGAACACAAAAUGGCCACGAAUCCAAUACGUGGAUGCCGCCUUUGAAGUCUCAUACAAGGAUGCGGUGUAUCUUUUUGAAGGUAGUCAAUACUGGGGCAUAAAGGCUUAUGCAAAGACAAUAAUUUCAGGCUAUCCGAAGUCUAUCACCAGCCUUGGCCUCCCCUCUUCAGUCAGUAAGGUGGAUGCAGCUGUAUAUGUGCCAAGUACUAGAAAAACACUAAUUUUUGUGAAUAACCAGUAUUGGAGCUAUGAUGAGGGUAGAAACCAAAUGGACUUGGGAUACCCACGAUCCAUCUCUCAGGAUUUCCCUGGCAUAGGCUCCAAAGUUGAUGCAGCCUUUGAGAAUAUGGGAUAUCUAUAUUUCUCAUCUGGCCCCAGACAGAUUGAGUACUACUUGCCAUACAAGAGAGUGAUGCGCGUAUUGCUCAACUACGGCUGGCUCAACUGUUACUGAGAACUCACAGACACAUUGAGUCAACUAUGUCCAUGAUGUAACUACAGAUAUAUGUAUAUCAUGAAAAAGAUCACGUGAAUAACAGCAUUAUAUAUUUGUAUGGAGUGGGGAACAGUUCUCAGAGACAGAUACUUUGUAGACUAACUGUGGUUGUAAAACAAAUAACAGCCAAACUAAGGCAAAGGGCAGUGUGUUUAUCAUUUGAUCAAUUGUGUAAAUAAUCUUUGACCUGCUUUAAAAUGUUUAUGUGAGGAAAUUGCAAAGGAAUGUAUUGAUUAUGAAUGUACUUGUGGAGAUGUUAACUGAGGCUAAACUGCACAAUUUUGGGUGUAAAAUAAGGGGUCAAAAGUUGUCCUCUGGACACAGGGUUACAAAUAAAUGUUAAACUGAA